AUGAGUUGUGCUAUCUUCGGACUGUUUCAAUUACAGACACAUCCAGAACAUGAAACAACGGGUCACUUGGAUAUGCGACAUUCGUGCAACUACUUUAUGUUAUCAAUUCUCCUGGUAACUCUUGUGCUUCCUGCGGAACAGUCCACGGUAAAUCUUAUGCGAAAUGCUUCUGGACCGGAUCAGAAUGCUUUUGAUCUUUCAUCUUCCUGUAUACUACGAUUCGAGUCCGAAGGCCAACUCAAUCGUCUUACUAUAUUUUCACGUUAUGUCACACCCGUCUUAUUCGGACUGUACUUCAUUCUCGGGUUCGUGGGAAAUCUGUUUGUAAUCAUUGUUAUACUGGCAAACGCACAAAUGCGAAAUACUACCAACAUACUAGUAUUUUCUCUUGCUAUUGCAGAUAUGACACUGGUUAUAUUGUGCAUCCCGCCUACCGGUGCAGUUUAUCUAACCGGAACAUGGCCUCUUGGAAACGUCAUGUGUCACGUAUUCUGGUAUUCAACCUAUGUAUCUAUUUAUUGUAUCGCAUAUACCCUGCUGCUGAUGAGCUUGGACCGAUUUUUGGCAGUGGUUUAUCCAAUGAAAUUCGCAGCAUUUCGAAAGGAAGGCAAUAUGAUAAAGGCUGUUGUGGCUAUCUGGAUAACCACAAUGCUUUCGAACGUUUCAUUAUUAUUCAAUUCCAUGAUUGUGUAUGGCUCCGCGGAGGGAGGUGAUAGUCCAUGCGCCACAAGAUAUUGCACAUACUCAUGGCUGGUUCAAAUCGACCCAAAGACCGGUAUUGCCAAAGAUAACUUUACUGGUGCUCAAACAUAUUUCACCUUGUUUUUUCUCUUCGGAUAUCUGAUCCCAUUCACACUGAUCACUGGUUUGUACAUAACUGUAAUAUUUCGUCUUCGGUGCCGCAAAUCACCACAUAUCAAGCCAUCGGUUGAAUCACAACGCUCGAGGAAACGGAUAACUCGUAUGGUGGUUACCGUUGUUGUCGCAUUCGGGAUAUCAUGGUUACCGAUCCACGUGAUAUUUCUACAUCAAUACUACGUCGGCGACCCAAACACGGACUGGUAUAGAAUGAUUCAAAUUGCAUGCAACUGUUUGGCCUACGGUCACAGUUGUGUCAAUCCCAUAUUGUAUGCAUUCUUGUCGGCAACAUUCCGGAAGGCCUUUAUCACAUUGUUUCGUGGACGAAGAACUUUUGCCGUGACGGCUGGACACACUAAUAACGACACGUUUGCUGCUGGGCAUUCAAGGAUGCAAGGAAUCGGCGGUGGCUCUUUACAGCAGCCCACUAAUUUGGGUGUGGAUAAAACGGAUGGAUUUGGGAUUAUCGAGCACAGACAUUCUCUUGCCAAUUGA